UUUCCCCAUAAAUUGCCGCGUCGUAUCUUUUCUGUUCAAAGUCCCCAGAGAUUUUAUAAAACUCUAUUCUAUUUAAUUGGUUAGGUUUGUGCUGAUCUUGAUCCAAAAAGAAGUAAAAGAAAUCAGAAAGAUCUUUUUUCUCCACAGUGAAAGGAAAAAAUGGUGAAUAUGUUUUUCUUCAUGUGUGGAUGUAUAGAUCAAGCAAGUAUUGGAAUUAUAGAAAGGUUCGGUCGUUUCUCAAAACUAGCAAACCCUGGUUUUCAUUUCUUCAAUCCUUUAGCUGGUGAAUGUCUUGCUGGUGUUCUUUCUACUCGGAUUAAUUCUCUUGAUGUCAAAAUUGAAACAAAAACUAAGGAUAAUGUCUUCGUGCAACUACUGUGUUCAAUUCAAUACCGAGUGAUCAAACAUAACGCUGAUGAUGCCUUUUAUGAGUUGCAAAACCCACAAGAACAGAUUCAGGCUUACGUAUUUGAUGUUGUUAGAGCUCAUGUUCCAAGAAUGACAUUGGAUGAGCUCUUCGAACAAAAGUCUGAUGUUGCUCAAGCUGUGCUGGAGGAGCUUGAAAAGGUCAUGGGAGCAUAUGGAUACAGCAUAGAGCACAUACUGAUGGUUGACAUCAUACCUGAUCCCUCGGUGCGCAAAGCAAUGAAUGAGAUAAAUGCAGCUCAAAGGCUCCAACUUGCUAGCGUAUACAAAGGUGAAGCAGAUAAAAUCCUACAAGUAAAGAGAGCUGAGGCUGAAGCAGAGGCAAAGUACCUUGGUGGGGUUGGUGUUGCACGACAGAGGCAGGCAAUUACUGAUGGUCUUAGGGAGAAUAUACUGAACUUUUCUCACAAGGUGUCGGGCACGUCAGCCAAAGAGGUUAUGGAUCUUAUCAUGAUCACUCAGUAUUUUGACACAAUCAAAGAUCUUGGAAACUCAUCAAAGAACACGACUGUGUUCUUACCUCAUGGCCCGGGACACGUAAGAGAUAUCAGUAACCAGAUACGUAACGGCAUGAUGGAAGCCUCUGCUGCUCAGGCCAAUGACGAUACUGAAUAAGCUCGUUUUGUGGUUUUAUAGACAUCGAAAGUUUCUCGCUUUCCUAUUUACUUCCACGGGUCCUAAAGUGUCCUAAGGUCUUUGUUAGUAUUCUGAUUUUCUUUUAUUUUCACCAUGUAAGUAAGUACUAAACCAUAUCCAGAGGACCAGAGCCUAGACAGCGUGUAGUUUUUGGCGUGUUAUGACAAUAUUAUCGUAGAAACAAGUCUUAUCUAUCUAUAGCAAUUCUGUGAACCGAGUGCUGAAUAUGAAAAACAAGUAGAUUGAUGAAAUUUAAAUAUUUACACCUGCUGCA